AUGUGUAGAAGCUAUUGGGAAGAGGUGGAAACAAUCGAGCAUAUGCUAUUCUUCUGCCAAAAUGCUGAAACCACCUGGAAACUAUCACCAGUGCAAUGGGAUGGUUUGAAGGAUAUGAGAAGCAAUUUUGUAAGAUGGUGGGAAGGAAUAUUAGGAGCAAAACAAAGGGAUCACGGACAGGAGCACAUUGCUCUCACCGUAAAUAUCCUAUGGCAAAUAUGGAAGGCAAGAAACAGGAAAGCUUUUGAGGCAAAAGAGACAGAUCCCAGAAAGUCAGUACAGCAAGCUAUAGUAGAGUGGGAAGAGCAUAUAGAAGCUCAAAAAGACACAGAUGGAGAGUGCAUUCAACAAACAACAAACUCAAGCAGUAGAGGGAAAUGGAUUCCAGCACCAGGGGGGCUGAUACAGAUAAACACAGAUGCUGCGUUCUCACAAAACAUAGGGAGAACAGGCAUAGGUGUUGUGGCUAGAAAUGCAGAAGGCAAACUGGUCAAAGCCUGGGCACGAGCUGCACACAAGACUAGUGAACCACAAAUGGAGGAAGCAUCAUUAAUUAGGAUGGGAAUGCAAAUGGCUCAAGAAGCAAACUGGAGGGCAGUAGAAUUCCAAUCUGAUUGCAAAGAGGUGGUGGAUAUGAUAAACAAGGAAACUGGGCAGCAAUCAAGGGUAGAUAUUAUCCUUGAGGACAUUGCGAAUAUGAGAUAUUUGUUUGCAAAAUGUACUUUCUCUUUUGUCCAUAGAACUGGAAAUUGUUGUGCAUGUAGUUUGGCAAAGUUUGUGGUAAAGCUAACUAAAAAUGUUGAAUGGAAAGAGUACUUUCUCAUGUGGCUCCAUGAGAGUGCACAAAAUGAUUACAAAGGAAGCAAUUCUGAUGUAUCCAAUCUUGUACUAUCAAGUUAA